AUGGAGAGAAAAAAAAGAAAAGUCGAGAAUGAAAACUUACAGUUUUGUCCUGAAUGGAUGAACUUAUAUUGUUUUAUUUUACCCGGUAGAGUAGGUGCCUUACCGAAAUGUGCUCAGGCUUCAUUACAAAUUUCGUGGACACUCGGUAAACUUAUGAAGCCAUUUACCGAUGCUGACAUUGCUAAAAAAUGCAUGCUUCAAUCUGUAAGUCUACCGUUUGAAAAUAAAAAAGAUAUUGUUGAAGCUUUUCGUCAUAUCCCGAUAUCAGCAUCUACUAAUACGAGAAAUACCGAAGUACUGGCCAAAGAUAAUCACAAUCAGUUGAAACAAGAUCUAUCUACAGCUGAUUUUUAUUCUUUAGCCUUAGAUGAAUCUUGUGAUAUCACAGAUACAUCUCAGACUAGUAAAGGAAAUGAUUUGUACAAUGCUGUAGUAUUGUAUUUUGAAACAGAAAAUUUAAAUUUGAAAAAAAUUAUCUCUGUUACAACCGAUGGUACACCAGAGAUGAUUGACGUUCAUCAAGGCUUUGUUCAUAGAUUAAGAAAUGACCCUAAAUGCAACUCUGAUAUUUUAUCUUACCAUUGUAUCAAAGCGUCAUUCUAUCAUUCAUCAAAGCGUCCUUUGCUGCAAACUGGAUCCGUGUUUGGAAAAAAUGAUGAGAACAGUAAUGAUUAUUGUUAA